ACUGCUUGGAGCGACGAUGCUAGCCUGAGGUAUUGUUACAGGCACGGGCGCGAUUCCAAAUGUCGCGGGGCAGUGGGCGACGAGAAGAUGGCCGAGCUCCGAACAAAACUCGAAAAGCUGUCUCAAGAGGACCAGCAUGCCGUGUCCCACUUCUGGUCCCUCUUCUUUGCCGCGCCGGCGAACGUCCGGGAUUUGAUAGUAGAGGGCAUACUCACCCAAUGCUGUUUCCCCCAGCUGUCCACCAUCUCCCGACAGGUCCACGACCAGCUCAGGAUCGACUUUAUCACCGCUCUUCCCGUCGAAAUCUCCCUCAGGAUCCUGACUUGUCUCGAUGCAGUUGCCUUGUGUAACGCUGCCCAGGUAAGUAGGAGAUGGAGACAAUUGGCCGACUCGGACGCCGUCUGGUUCCGGAUGUGCGAGCAACACAUCGACAGGAGCUGUACGACUUGUGGAUGGUCCCUCCCGCUCCUGGAGCGUAAGCGUUUGAGGGAGUGGACUAUCAAACAGAAGCAGCUGGCUCGAACCCCAGGCGGCUCGGGCACGCCGACGGAGCUUGGCGGAGCACCGAAUUCUCUGCCCGAACCCAAUACGCCGAGGUCCCCCGGCAAGCGAAGUGUGGGGCCUCUGCAGGUCGUCUCGGAUGCAAAGAGGCAAUGCUUGGACGAAGACCACUCCCGAGACCCCGACCGUUAUGUGCGGCCUUGGAAGGAUGUCUACAAAGAUAGGUUCAAGAUUGGGUCGAACUGGAAGUUUGGUCGGUGCUCUAUUCAAAAUUUCCGGGGACACACAAAUGGUGUCACCUGUCUUCAAUUUGAGGACAACAUCCUAGCCUCUGGGUCUUACGACAUGACGAUCAAAAUAUGGGACAUUGAUACAGGCAAAGAAGUCCGGACGCUCGAAGGCCACACUGCGGGCAUUCAGGCUUUACAGUUCGACGAGGGCAAACUAAUCAGCGGCAGCUUGGACAAGACCAUCAAAAUCUGGAACUGGCGUACCGGCGAGUGUCUCGCCACCCUCCGGUGUCACACAGACAGCGUCUUGACAUUGCACUUUGACGGCGAGAUCCUGGCGUCUGGCUCACGCGACUGCAACAUACAGAUCUUCAACUUCCAGACCAAGCAGACGUUCUCCCUGCGAGGGCACACUGAUUCAGUUAACCAUGUCCGCCUCUCGACGUCGAGGACCGUCUUUUCGGCCUCAGACGAUCUGACCGCCAAACUAUGGGACCUCGAAUCAGGGCAUUGCAUUCGAACAUUUGAGGGACAUGUUGGCCAGGUUCAGCAGAUUUUACCCCUGCCAGACGAUUUCGAGCCCGAUGACGAUUCGCUUUCAAUCAUGUCAUUGGACACUCCUGAGGGCUCCUCCAAUUUGAACGAUCGGUCACCAACUCCCCCAGGAGGCAUGUCGACAGAUAUUCAGGCCUCAUGCCCUCCCAAAGAGCACACCUCAUUCUCCCCAAACCAAGGCGGCGAACAGGAUCUUCGUGCUUUGUAUGGUGCUGGUUUCAUCUCCAACGGCCGGCCACUUCCGCCUCGAUAUAUGCUGACCGGAGGGCUCGAUGCAACUGUGCGGCUGUGGGACACGGCCACAGGUCAAUGUUUAAAAACCUUCUUCGGCCACCUCGAGGGUAUUUGGGCCCUAGUCGGAGACAGUAUUCGUGUCGUGAGCGGGGCCAAUGAUGGCAUGGUAAAGAUCUGGGACCCACGAACGGGUCAGUGCCAGCGUACCUUCACUGGCCCCCGCGGCCCGGUGGCCUGCGUCGGGCUCGGUGAUUCCCGGUUUGCAAGCGGAAGCGAGGACUGCGACAUAAGGGUGUACUGUUUCAAGGAUCUUUUCGCAAGAUGUCCCGAAGAUACAUGAGCCCAUCGGUACACCCCUGGGACUUCUG